UGCCAUAUGAUUUAAUUUUGACAGCGACAGCAAAAUGCCCUAUCAAGAUCGGGUUGAUCCGUGAUCAUCUUGACGGUUGUAAAUAACAAAAACAAAGUAAAAACGAAAUCAUUUUCAUUAUUGGUUAACGUUGUACCUAUUUCGAUUUUGUAUUGUUUGUAAAUUUUAAUAAUUUCGUUUUUAGGGUGUUAAAUUAGUAGGUAUCGACAUACAUAAAAUCAAGUGUAAUAAAAUGGAAGUAAAACAAGAAUUUACAGAGGAAACCUAUAAAGUAGAAGUACAGCGCAAUGAGAAGGAUGUUGCACUUCUGGAUAGCUUUAAAUUUGAAAUUAAGGAAGAAUCCAAUAGAGAAGGUACACAUAGUACAAUCCAUUAUUUAGACUUAAAGGAAUACCCUAUACAUACUGAAAUAGAACAAGAUGAAAAUAAACUUACCCCUUUUGAAGAAAAACAAAAAACUGAAGAAGGUUGUUACAAAGUGAAGAAUAAGAUGGAAAUUAUGGAAGCAUUAACCGAAGAUUCAUCUCACGAAGGAAAUUAUAUGAGUCGACAAGAAGAAGGAGAAACUGUGAACGAAAAUAUUAAAGUCAAGCCUGUGCAAGGUUUCACAUGUCAAAUUUGUUUAAAACAGUUUCGUGAUUCACAUAAUUUGAAAUCACAUUCGGUGGUUCACACAGGAGUGAAACCUUACAAGUGUCACAUUUGCUUUAAACCGUUUUCUUAUCAAACUUCUGUGAACAAUCAUUUGAAAACGCACACUGGAGAAAAACCUUAUAAGUGCGAGAUUUGUUUUAAGGAAUUUUCUCAAAAAGGUAGUUUGAAGUGUCAUAUGCAAACACACGCUGAGAAAAAAUCUUACAAAUGUGAAAUUUGUUUCAAGCAUUUUGCCCAGCAAAGUAAAUUUAAGAAACAUUUGAUAGAACACUCAGGUGAAAAACCUCACAUGUGUGAUGUUUGUUUCGAGCAAUUUACAGAGUCAAAUGAUUUGAAAGAACAUUUAAGAACGCAUAGAAGAAACGCACUUUCUCCUACUGGAGAAAAACCGUACACAUGUGAAACUUGUUUUGAGUCGUUCUCUGAGCAAAUUACUUUGAAAGAACAUUGUCUUGCACAUACUGGAGGAAAAUCUCACGUGUGUGAUAUUUGUUUCAAGCAGUUCAGAGAAGAAUAUGUUUUGAAAAGACAUCUGGAAACACAUAUUGAGGAAAAACGCUACAAGUGUGAAAUUUGUCUCAAGCAGUUUUUUCAAGAGCGGUAUUUGAAAAUACAUUUGAAACUGCACUCUGAAGAAAAACGUCACGAGUGUGACUAUUGUUUCAUGAGGUUUAAUCAAGCAUAUCUUUUGAAAAAUCAUUUGAGAACACAUACUGGGGACAAACUCUACAAGUGCGAAAUAUGUUUUAAACAGUUAACUCGGCUUAGCACUUUGAAAAAACAUUUAAAAGCUCAUACUGGAGAAAAAUCUUCAGAGUCGAAUGAACCCGGCACUUUUCUGUUGUAAAAUUGAUUUCAGUACAAUUAGAUGACACUUUAUGUAGAGGUCUACAUAAAGUUUCACGCUGGUCACGCUGGCGCCGAUCAAAACACAUAUUGAGGAAACACGCUACAAGUUAUUAUAUCUAUGUAAUUUAAGUAAAUAAAUAACUAUGAAAUACUUUAA